AUGAUUCAGGUGGACAAGGUGGUGAAGAAGGCGUUUGGCACUUGGGCAGGGCCUUGCACACUUAGUAUGCUUGAAGGAUUUUACUUGGUGGAACAUGUGAAAGAUGACAUUGGUUUUGGCACUGGAUUGUUGAUAGAGGGUUGUGGGGCUGAAGUGAGUGAAGUCUUCCCGUCGCUGAAGCCACGAUCGGCCGGCCCUCUGCUGCUUUUGACCGUCUGCCCGCUCGCAGCAAUAGAGGAAGAGAGAUACUUAAGGGCAAAUAAUAGACAUUUCAACCUGAAAUUUCAGUAUGUGAACAAUAGAAUUAAAACUUCCAAAUAUAAUAUUUUUACAUUCCUGCCAGUCAACUUGUUUGAACAAUUUCAACGAAUUGCCAAUGCUUAUUUUGUAUUUUUACUAAUUCUGCAGCUUAUUCCACAAGUAUCAUCUCUAUCGUGGUAUACCACUGUUGUGCCUUUAGUGCUGGUAUUGACCAUAACAGCAGUGAAAGAUGCUAUCGAUGAUUUUCAUCGCUAUAAAAGUGACAACCAAGUCAACAAUCGGGAAGUCACAAUUCUUCUUGAUGGAAAGUUGCAAAGAGAUAAAUGGAUGGAUGUUCAAGUGGGAGAUAUAAUAAAGAUGGAGAAUAACCAAUUUGUUACUGCAGAUUUGCUCCUGUUAUCAAGUAGUGAACCAUAUGGCUUGAUUUACAUUGAGACAGCCGAGCUUGAUGGUGAAACAAAUCUGAAAGUUAAGCAAGCAUUAACAGUCACUUCAGACAUGGGAGAGAACACCCACGCUUUGGCAACUUUUGAUGGUGAGGUUAAAUGUGAACCACCCAACAACAGGUUGGACAAGUUUAGAGGAUUGCUUACCUACAAGGAAAAUACGUAUUCUUUGGACAAUGAAAAAAUAAUACUACGUGGCUGUACAUUGAGGAAUACAGAUUGGUGUUAUGGACUUGUUAUUUUUGCAGGACAAGACACCAAAUUGAUGCAGAACAGUGGAUUGUCAGCUUUUAAAAGAACUAAUAUUGAUCGCCUUAUGAAUACUCUUGUGUUAUGGAUUUUUGGCUUUCUUGGUAUCAUGUGUACAGUGCUGGCUAUUGGAAAUGCUAUCUGGGAAACUUAUAAAGGAUAUUAUUUUCAGGUCUACUUGCCUUGGGAGCAGGACAUUCAAAAUUCUUACUUGUCAGGAUUUCUUAUGUUCUGGUCAUAUGUGAUCAUUCUGAACACUGUUGUCCCAAUUUCCUUAUAUGUGAGUAUUGAAGUUAUACGCUUGGGCAGCAGCUUCUACAUCAAUUGGGAUAGUAAAAUGUAUUAUCCAAAUAAGGAUAUCCCUGCAGUAGCACAUACAACUACAUUAACUGAGGAGCUUGGACAAAUCAAGUAUAUAUUCUCUGAUAAGACAGGAACUCUGACACAAAACAUUAUGCUAUUUAGCAAAUGCACAAUCAAUGGCAAAAUAUAUGGUAACGUGUAUGAUUUCAAUGGACAAAGGACAGAUGUCACUGCUCAAACAGAGAAAGUGGACUUUUCAUUUAAUUCCAUGGCAGAUCUGAAAUUUGUGUUCUAUGACCACAGUCUUGUUGAAGCUGUUAAAAUUGGUGAUCCUAAAGUCCAUGAAUUCCUUCGUUUGCUGUCGUUAUGCCACACAGUGAUGCCCGAGGAAAAGUUGAAGGGUGACCUUGUGUAUCAGGCUCAAUCUCCAGAUGAAGGUGCACUUGUCACCGCAGCAAGAAAUUUUGGCUUUAUUUUCCAAUCCCGUACUCCCGAAACAAUAACAGUGGUUGAAAUGGGUGAAUCUAAGAUCUAUGAAUUGCUUUCUAUUCUGGAUUUUGAUAAUGUGAGGAAAAGGAUGUCUGUAAUAGUUCGAGGUCCUGACAAGAAUCUGUAUUUGUACUGUAAGGGAGCUGACACUAUUGUUUUUGAGAGACUAAAUGCUUCAUCUCAACAUUUAAGAGAUAUUACCACUGAACAUCUUGAUGACUUUGCAGGUGACGGUUUACGCACUCUAGCCCUGGCAUAUAAACAGUUAGACGAAAAAUACUUCAAAGACUGGCAAAAGCGGUAUCAUGAAGCAAGUAUUGCAUUAGACAACCGGGAUGAACUACUGUUUAAGAUGUAUGAAGAAAUUGAAAAGGAUUUAACUUUGUUAGGAGCUACUGCUGUUGAAGACAAACUCCAGGAUGGUGUUCCACAGACAAUUGAAAUGCUUGUGAAAGCAAACAUCAAGAUAUGGGUUCUUACGGGUGACAAACAAGAAACAGCUGUAAAUAUUGGCUAUGCAUGCAAUAUGCUCCAGGAUGAAAUGAAAAAAGUGUUCAUCAUUGAAGGCAACGAUUCAACUGCUGUUAGAGAAGAACUAAGAAACGCGUGUGUGAUAAUGAAAGGACAACAACAAACAGAACUUGAUUUAAUCAAAAUCGAACAGCCAAAAAAACUUGAUUUCCUACCAGAGGAAAUUGCUGAUGCAGAUUAUGGACUGGUGAUCAGUGGUGACACACUGGCACAUGCUUUAGAAGAAGACAUGGAUUUAGAGUUCCUAAAAACAGCUUGCCUCUGUAAAACUGUAAUCUGUUGCCGUGUAACACCUCUUCAGAAAGCUCAGGUUGUAGAACUGGUAAAAAAGUACAAGAAAGCAAUAACAUUGGCAAUUGGAGAUGGUGCAAAUGAUGUUAGCAUGAUCAAAGCUGCACACAUUGGAGUGGGUAUAAGUGGUGAGGAAGGAACACAGGCUGUCCUUUCAAGUGAUUUCUCCUUUGCCCAGUUUCGUUAUCUCCAACGUCUUUUACUUGUACACGGAAGAUGGUCCUAUCUUCGGAUGUGCAGAUUUCUCCGUUACUUUUUUUAUAAAAAUUUUGCUUUCACUCUUGUUCACUUUUGGUAUGGAUUCUUUUGUGGAUAUUCAGCACAGACAGUGUACGAUGAAUGGUUUAUUACACUCUACAAUUUAGUGUAUACAUCUCUUCCUGUGUUAGGAUUGAGCCUGUUUUAUCAGGAUUUUAAUGAUCGCUGGAGUAUGGCAUAUCCUCAACUUUAUGAACCUGGACAGCUUAAUCAUAAUUUCAGCAAAUUAGAAUUUGUGAAAUGUGUUAUCCAUGGAGUUUACAGUUCCUUAGUACUCUUCUUUAUUCCUUACGGUGCCCUUACUGAAGCAGUAAGAGAUGAUGGGAGGACCAUUUCAGACUAUCAGUCAUUUGCUUUAAUUGCUCAGACAUGCUUGCUUGUGACUGUCACUCUGCAGGUUGCACUUGAUACAGCUUACUGGACAGCUAUCAAUCACUUUUUCAUUUGGGGCAGUCUAGCAGUUUACUUUGCAAUAACAUUUACAAUGUACAGCAACGGCAUGUAUCUGAUAUUCCCAACUUCAUUUCCAUUUGUAGGAACUGCAAGGAAUACCUUGAACCAACCGCUUGUAUGGUUGACUAUUUUCCUCGCUGCCAUAAUGUGUAUCCUGCCAGUUGUUAUUCUGCGAUACCUCUUUGCUGAACUGAAACCUACUUUCAGCAAUAAACUGCGAUAUAAAAUGAGGCAAAUGAAGCUGCUUCCUCCCAAACAAACUACUUCAUACGUGAGAAGGCCCAGUACACGUCGCUCAGCAUAUGCUUUUUCUCAUCAACGGGGUUUUGGUGCCCUCAUUACUUCAGGGAAGAAUAUGCGAAUAAAAUCUAUGAAUUUUAUCCCUUCAUCUGCUAAUAAAGAAAAAUAUCCAAAACAACAAAUGAAACAAAACAUGAAAACCACACUGGAAUGACACUGAUUUCAUGUGUCAAGAUGACCAUUGGCAAAGAAAAUACUUAGCAUUCGUGUAUAAUAAUGUGCUGACUAUAAAUGACUUUUUAUGUGAAUUGUAAAGAAUUUUAUGCUACGUCUACAUCAGAACAGAUAAAACAAAAAUCAGAAUCUAGCGGGUGUAUUAAUACAUAACUCAGCCAUUAACCUGGUUUCUUUUAAUUUUGAGCAUACCCUAAUUUAAAGUCUUUUAAAUAUUGAAACUGAGAUUUACAUCAAUGAUUACAGUGUUACCCAUAAUAGCAUAGGUUCUCAUAGGUGAAAAUUACACAUUGUUUCCGAGAUCAACAGUAACUACUAUCUGUCUCCUGGAACCACCUAAACCUGUUUCAUCAGGAGGCCGAUUUGGGAAAAUUCUGUUUAUUAUAGUAUCAUUGAGGUUCAGAAGAUGGCUGUCGAUUCCAAACUAAAUCUAUAUUGUUAAUUUUAUUUGUUGGAAACUGGAAUGUCCUAGAAAUUGGAAAUAUUGCAUUCUUUCACGAGUUAAUGUCUGAAACGUCACUUAUCCAUCUUCUUUAGAGAUGCUGCUUGACCCGCUAAGUACUUCAGCACUUUGUGUCUUUUUUUCAAUCUGAUAGACAAUUGGGAAACAACAUUUGGUGUAGUUAAUUGGUCUGGAGUUAGAGGAACUAGAAUCAGUUGGGAGUGAUCAGUCAGAUGAGACCCAUUCAAAAGGCAAUAAAGACCUUACAACCAUGCCAGAUUGGGCUUUCCAUCUGCCCAAUAGCCCUACUGUGCACCCAACGUUUGUGUGAGUUACGUCAUAGUGCGCACCAGGAACCUCUGUUGAUGUUUGCAUCGUACAUACAGAACAACAUUUUGGAUGGAUAAGUUUGGCUUUUCCAUCAUUUAAUUGGAGUACAUGAUAGAAUUUAUGAUGUUAUCUGGUUAGUUGUAAGAAUAGAAACAUUUAAAUUAAUAAAAUACAAUCAGAUAGAUUCAGUGGUUUAUAUUGCACAAGAAUCCCAUAAAAAGCUAUGGAACAAAAUAAAAUUUGGAGGAACUCCUCUCUGAUGUGGUAACAUCAACAUUUAAUAUGCAUGCAUCAAUGAUUUGUUAAUUUAAUGGUGAAAGGUUGAAGACAUCCAAAAGAUACAGUGCCCCAAAUUACAAACUGAAAGGCACAAUGCGGUUAUUGAAAUGGAAAAUCCAAUGUGUAUUUUAUGACAAGAACGAUAACUUAAUAAUGUGACGUAAAAUAUUUUGCUUUGAAUUCAUGACAUCCCUAAAGUCCAGAUGUGGUUUCUUUUUAACAUAUGUAAGUCCUGGCAGGUCUACUGCACUAUCCACAGUCAAUUCAGCAGUGGUAUCCAUUAUUAUUCAUCCAUUUCUUCAUAUUGACCUUGAGAAAAAAAUAUACAUAAUGAAUUUAUCCAAUCCCAAGAAACAUAGCAAAUGAAAGAACUCUAUUACAACUAGAAGGUGCAUUUGAUAGCGUAUGUUGAUGGGUACACUGAAAUCCUUGUCAUGCAUACACUGUGUUCUAAUGCAUGUCUUCCAAACCAAGUCUAUCUUCCUUCAAUAUAGUUCUCUAUGCAUUUAUAAAUCUUGCUGAGUAACUAGUCAACACAUAAAUUGUGUGGGAUGAUAGUUAGCAUAGUUUUAUCAUUAUGGUCACUAUUAUGUGCA